AUGGCUCAGCUCGAAUUUAGCAUCCCCUCCACCAUACCGGAGCCGUUCUCGCCAAACUAUCUUUUCGCGAAAGACGACAUCCCCGAGUUCCUCGUACCGAAACGGGUGCACAGUUUUGUCAACACAACAUCCGCGAACAGCCUCACGACUCCUCGACUUGAUAGCUACGCCACUCUCGACAAUUCCACGGAGGAGAGUGGCAGUGUCACCCUUGACUAUGGCUUCGCUGUGGCCGGCAUCCCAGUGCUAUAUAUCCAUGGGCUUGACGCGCCUUCCAACAAGGCCUUGAUUGACUUCACGGUUUCCGAAGGUUACCCAGGAAUCACAAAGGGCGAAGGCGAUGGGCCAUACCCUUUCUCAGCCGGUGCCGAUACCUCCCGCCGUGUCCGCUUUCGAGUGAGCGGCCCAGGCUUCUACGAGGCCAAGUGUGUGCAAGGAAGCCAGCGCUGGCUCAAGGUCUCUCUCAUCACGAAGGGCCAAUGCUCGGUUCGCAUCUCUUUGGUAGGCUUCGUGCCUACAACCUCGAAUAUUCCCACUGAUCGGCUUCCGGGAUACUUCCAAUGCUCUGACGAGACUCUGUCAGAGCUCUGGGGCUAUGGAGCGAGGACGUUGCAGCUGAACUGCGUGCCAGCUCGUUCUAUACCUUCCCCGUGGCAGGUCUCGGAGGACAUGGGUAUCUUGGUAGACUCUCAAAGAUGCAAUGCCUAUGGGUGGGGACAUUCUUGGACAGACUACAACUUGGAGUUUGAUGGCAUGAUCAUUGAGGGAGGUCUGGCGUGGAUGGUUCGCGUGUCUCCUGGCAUGCCGGGCAUGCUCUUUCAACUCAAUGUCGAAGACGGCAAAGCAGUCAUCGAACAGUGGUUCGGCUACUACAAUAAGCCCCAGAUAACUUUGGUACCAAAGCUCAUUGCCUCAGUUGAGGUCCGUGAGUCCAGGAUAGCUGAAGGCGAAUGGCUGCGGAUUCGGACGGGCUGCAUCGGCGACGCUCCCGUGUCUAUUAGCAUCGACGGCACUCAAGUUGCGACUUUCAAGCAAGGCGGUCUCAAAGUUGAGGGCUUCGCAAGUCUCGCAGUUCCUCCCGAUCACCCCGAUUUCCCCUAUUUUCCCAAGGGCUCUAUUGCCAUCGGGGCAGGGCAGGAUCAACUUUGCCGCUUCAGAAACCUCGUGGUCCGAAAUCCCAAUAAUGAAGUACUUUACGAAUCUGGGCUCAAUACACCGGCGGUGCUUGGUGACUUUGGCUUGAAAACGAAUCAGUUUCCGUUCGUCUUUGAUGGUGCCAAGCGCGAUCGAUACCCAUGGACAGCCGACAUCAUUGUGGGUGGUCGAUCAGCCUACUACUCCACGGCAGGCUCAGAGUACAUACGAGGAAACAUUGUCGCUUCUAUGCUAAGGUUUAAGGGUGACGAAACAGGGCGCGGGCUUCUCCCGGGAGGCGUGCCUCCUGGCCGAGACUUCACUCGAGACCUGACUGACGGUUUCUUCAACAUCGAGACAAUCAACUACUCUCUCUACCUGAUCCUUGUGAUCCAUGACUACUGGCUGUACACCGGAGACGAGGCUUUGGUCAAGUUCUGCUGGGACAGGCUGAAAAGCUGCAUCGCCUAUGUUUCAGCACGAGUAAACAAGGAUGGUCUUGUUUGCGCCGAAGGCUUCGACGUGGGAGACUACGAUUACUACAACGGACUCCAAACAGGUAUCUCUACAAAGCGCAAUGCCCUGUUCAUUGCGUCCCUCAAAGCCUGCGCACAUAUUGCUGUGAGCCCAGGCAUCUCCGACAAAGCGGCAGCAGAAGCCUACACUAUUUCAGCCAUGAGCAUAGUCGACGCAGUCCGGAAGCACUGCUUCAACGCAAACUCGGGACACUAUGAUAUCACAGACACUCGCACCGAAGGCUUCCAGCAAGAAAUGCACGCCUGGCUUAUUCUCAAACACAUAUGCAAAGAAGAGCAGAUACCUAGCCUGCUCGACAAGUUCGGCUCCCUCGUCUUGCCCUCUACCAUCAACGAGGCCCCUUUAUCCUUUAGCCCAGACACCCCCGGUCCACCGCCCGUUAUCUCACCCAUAAUGUCCGCUUUCCACAUUCAAGCUGCACUUCAAGAAGGUCGACCAGCCGAGGGCGAGCGCGUACUCCGCAGCGUCUUUGGCCCCAUGGCAGACAAAUCAAGCGAACACUUCACCGGUACGACCUGGGAGUUUCUCAACCCCGACGGCACGCCUUUCAAAGGCGAUUUCUGCUCAUACGCGCAGCUCUUUGGCGCCGGGCCGACCUCGAUACUAUCGCAGUAUGCCCUGGGCGUCGAGCCUCUUGCCCCUGGGUUCAAGGAGUUUAGGAUCUGGCCGAGGUUUGAUGUAAAUGGUCUGAAUUGGGCGCAAGGAAGGGUGCCGACGCCUGUUGGGGAUGGUAUCGUUGUGAAGUGGCAGGUGUUUAAGGCUGGGUGGUUGCUGGAGGCCUGGGCGCCGCCUGGUCUGGAUGGCAUUGCGAGAAUUCCCGACCAAGUUUGGGACAGGAAACAGAAUAUUUCUGUUGAUGGCAAACAGGCAGGGGUCGGAUUUGAGGUGCCUUUCACGAAACACAUCAAGAUUGCUGUCACAUUUAAAUAA